GUAUUUCAAGCUUCCUACCAGCAAAGUAGGCUUCUAUUCACCUAUCAGCAGUAACGCAAACGGUUUUAAAAAAUGAUGCCGUAUAUUUUGAGUAUUUUGCACAACUCUGGGACCCCUCAGGAUGUCAUUAGCAUAUGUGAAAAGCUGCCACAGUUCAGUACCAGCUCAGAGAUACCGGAGGGCGAUCUCAAGUCCCCCACCGAAGAAGCACUCGAAGAGGCCUUAAGAAUGGGCCUUAUCCGGCGGAAUGCAAGAAACAAAACAUACACACUAGCGAACAAGUGGUUCUUGCCAGAAACGCAAUCAUUCCAACUGGAACUGCAAGAAAUUGUCCGAAACAUGCCGCAAACACUUGCCGCAGCUCUCGAUCCCGCUAACCAGGAUGUGCCUACCUCAUCGAACCACCCAAUGGACUGUAUGGGACCGGGCAUGACGCAACGGCGCAGUCCCGCUCAAAUACGUGCCAUCGCUAUCUACCGCAGAAUGCGUGAACAGCGCGAACGGGAAGAACGCGAAGCUGCGGCACGUUCCAGAAAACGGCGCAACUCUCGAUCUCGGUCACGGUCAAGAUCAGGGGCGCGCCGUACACGCCGUGCGUCUACUAGUACGAGCAGAGCGCGUCCCCCAUCAAAGCGACGAUCCUCGUCACGUUCACGAUCACGCUCGACGGCAAGAAAUCGCAGCACGAGUCGAUCUCGACGACGUUAAUGUGACGUUCGAAAAGUAACUCACAAUUUAGAAAAAUAAUCCUGGUUUGGUUAUUUAGGAUGUACUUGGAAUAUUUCUGGAAAUCAAAUCUUUGUAAAUAAAUCACUCAGUACUACUUCACUCA